GCCUCUAAGCAGCUCCAACACUCCAGACUCCAGCCACACUCCAGCACAGCACCAUGGUCUCAGCCAGCCGCUCACUUCUCUGCGCAGCGCUGCUGCUGUUGCUGGCCACCAGCCACCAGGCGUCAGGGGCGCCCGUCGCCAAUGAGCUGCGCUGUCAGUGCCUGCAGACCAUGGCAGGGAUUCACCUCAAGAACAUCCAGAGCUUGAAGGUGAAGCCCCCGGGACCCCACUGCUCCCAAACCGAAGUCAUAGCUACACUCAAGAAUGGACGCGAGGCUUGCCUUGAUCCUGAAGCCCCCUUGGUUCAGAAGAUUGUCCAAAAGAUGCUAAAGGGUGUCCCCAAGUAAUGGAGAGAGAAGGCAAACUGCUCUGAUGGUACCUGUCUGGUGAACUCUGGCUUCUGACAACAACUCGCUUAACACAUUUUACGACUUCUUUUGAGGGUCCUAUUUAUUUAUGUAUUUAUUUAUUCCACAAAGUGUGGUUUUUAUUUUACAUUAAUAUUUAACAAUGUGGAUAUGUUUCAUCGAUGGUAGUUCAGUUCUGAUUGUUCAGUUUAUAGAUGGUAGGCUUAAAUAUCUCAUUAAACUAAUAUUUAUUGGGAGACCAUUAAGUGUCAACCACUAGUGCUAGAAGUAUGUUGUGUGGGAAGAAGCAAAGAGAGAUGAAUAUUUAGGAUCAUGUUUUGUAUCAGGGUGAGGGCAUGUGUGAGAGGCUGUGUCUGUAUGUUUUGAAAAGAAUGUCAGUUAUUUAUUGAAAGUCAUAUUGAAAGUCUUUCAUAUUAUGGUCAACAUUGAUGUGUUGAAGCUUCCCUUGGACAUUUUAUGUCUAGUUUGUAGGGCAUAAUGCCCUUUUAUAUUCUUUAACCAAUGUUUCUCCUUGCCUCUAGACAGAGGAGU